AUGCAGCGUGAGCAGCGAUUUCGCGGCACAGCAGCAGCAACAGCUGAGCACAGUCUAUGGAGCUUGCCAGCGGAGUUUGCGCUAGUGCGACGCGUGUAUGAUGAUUGCCAGGAUAAACAGGAUUUCAUUGGCUGCCUGAAGCAAAAGUCGCUGCAGGCGCUGACGCGCGCGCAGGAGCAGCAAUCAAUCAAAAUUGUGGACGGGCUGGUGCUGGAGCGACAAAAUCAAAGCGAAACUGAAAGCAUCAUGGGCAUGCUAAGCGAUGCGCGACAAUUUGGCAGCUUGGCGCCACUGGAUCGAGCGCUGCUCGUCAAGCUGGACAAGCUGCUGCGCACGCAUACGCUAAAGAUUGAUAUGGAGCUGGAGGAGAGCAGCUCGAGCUCUGGAGUGGGACGUGAGCACAAGAAGAAGAAGAAGCACAAGGAUGGCGGACACAUUAAAUAUGUCAUUGCUGCUUUGCUUACGGCCAUGGGCAUUGCUGGUCCGCUGGGCUUGAAAGCGCUGGCGGCCAUUGCUGGCAAAGCUUUGGUCAUCAGCAAAGUCGCUUUGACCAUCGCUGGCAUUAUAGCGCUCAAGAAACUUUUCUCACACGAUCAUGCCGAGGAGACAAGUUUCCAAGUGCACGCCGGCGAGCAUAACAGACGCAACACCUACGUCAUUCGCCCCGUAUCCAAUACCAAAGCCGCUGCUGCUGGCGGCGUUGGUCUUACCGCUGCCGGCGGCGGCGCCAGCUCCACAGAUCCCUAUCGCUACUACUACGAGUACCAUCAGCAGUAA